AUGCAACAAGGAGGCUUAACAACCGAGGGAUGGGAUGGUGUAGAAAGAGAAAUGAAUAAGUUAUAUGGGGACAAAUUAGAUAAGACGAAAAUGAAAAAUAGGAUGAGAACCUUGAAGAAAACUUAUGCUACUAUGAAGAGAACGGCGCAACAUAGUGGAUUUGGGUGGAAUGAAGAAACUCGAAAGUUUGAUGCUGAAGAUGAUGUUUGGGAGCAGUACCUUGCAGCUCACCCAAAAGAUGCUAAAUAUAAGACGAAGAAGUUGCUAGAUUAUAAUACGUUGGCUUUGAUUUUUGGAGACACUGUCUCUGAUGGUAGGAAUGGAUAUGAAGUUAAUGAUACAGAGGAUUUUCAAAAUAAAUUUUCUGCUGAGGAGAUAACCGAGGAAAAAAUUACUACACCUGCUUCUGAAGAUGCGCAGUCUAUUGAUCAUGUAUAUCUUGAUCAAAACAUAAGCUUCACGAGUACUGAAACAACUCAAUCAACUGGUCAAGAUAAGAGAAUAGGAAAAGGACGUUUAGCUGAGGAACAAACUUUGGCAUCUCAUUCCAAAAGAAUUAGGAACUCUAUUGAGAUUAGUUUGGCUAAAUCUGUUGAUAGAUGGACAACCAUAGUUGAAGAACAAAUAAGGCUACAACAUGAACCAAAAAAUACUUCUGUGAAGAAAUUAAUGCCUUUGAUAAUGGAACUAGAAUUGCACGGCGCAUGGAAUAUUCGAGUUAUUGAUCUCCUUACAAAUGAGAGAAAUGCUGAAUUCUUUGCUGCUAUGGCUCCUUCGCUUAGAAAGAAAUGGAUUCAGGCAUUGCGGAUCCUGCCAAUGCGAGUUGAGAGCUCCCGGCAGAUAUCGGAGUCCACAAGGGGCAGAGCAACUAGGGAAGCACCUAAAGAUUCACCAGCUGCCCUAGUUCAGGAUAAGGUCUCAGUUAUGGACACUCCAGCAGCACCAGCUCGGGCACCAGCUGUGCCUGUUGUGAUUCCGAGUCUUUAG